UAUGUCCUGGGUUGGCACACUUCAAUUAACAAAAACAGUUAGCCAGAAGCAGAACUACAAAAGCCAAAAAAGCAAGGUUAGUACAUUCAGAGACUUUCCCAAGAACUACGGACUUUGAUGGAUUAGGUCUUUGUUUUCAUUUUUGCCUGGUGGUGCUGUCUAUGUGCUGAUUUUUAAAGCCUGAAUGGCACUUCCAUCAUGGAGUCAGUUGUGCUACAGUCUGGGGGCCUACUAAGGUCCGGGGCCCUGCUACAGAUAUAAUCAACUCCUGUAAGUUGUCCUCUGACCUCCAUAAGCACAACAUGGCAUAUGUGCGCCAAUACACAUACAAAAAAUAAAAGUGUAAUUUUUUCAAAUAAGAUUUAGUGUAGAUGUAACCGUCUUAUUAUUAAAUAAGAAACACAGAGCCAAACGCAGAGUUAAAAGCCCAAGAGGUCAGAGCAGUAGUAAGAGCUGAUACUAAAAAACCCUUCUUACCCUUCCUUCGGCUGCUGUCCUUCCCCUCAGCAAGAGACCUACUUCCUAUGUAUCUGUCUUUUUAUUGACCUUCUGUUCUGCUUUCUCAUUGGUUGUAAACCCAACCACAUGACCUCCUCGUCACUGCCUGUCUAUACAGACCUCCAGGUCUUCUAUGGUUGGUAUUGAGAUUAAAGGCGUGUUUCUCCAUGCGGGCUGUAUCCUUGAACACACAGAGAUCUGUCUGUCAUGUGAUCUGGAUUAAAGGUGUGCACCACCACCGCCCGGCUUCUGCUAUGGCUUGCUAUUAGCUCUGACCCCCAGGCAACUUUAUUUAUUAACAAAUAAAAUUACAUUUCAGUACAAUUAAAAUAUCACCAUAAUUUAGUUUUUUUCAAUUAUGUGUUGUUGGGACUGGAGAGAUGGCUUAGCAUUUAAGAUCACUUACUGAUCGUCCAAAGGACUCAAGUUCAGGACCCAGUAUCCAUGAGUUACGUGGCUCAUGACUGCCUGUAGCUCCAGCUCUGGCCUCCAAGGGUACCUACACUGGUGCACAUACACAUAAUUUAAAAUAAAAAUUUAAAGCAUUCAUUGUUGAGUGAAUGGCACACACUUGUAAUCUCUACACUUGGGAGACUGAGGCAAGAGAAGUCUGAGGCCAGCCUAGGCUACCAUGCCAUGACCUUGUCUCAAUAAGACAAGUAGAGCAGGGUGUGGCAAUGCAUACCUUUACUGUGAGUCUGAAGCCAGCCUGGGCUACAUAGUAAAAUCUAUCUAUGAGAGAAGUAUUGUUCACCCAGCGGUAGUGGCUCUGGUCUUUAAACCCAGCACUCAGGAGACAGAGGUAGGUGGAUCUCUGAGUUCAAGACCAGCUUGGUCUACAAAGCGAGUUCCAGGACGGUCAAGGCGGUACAUAGAAAUCCUGUCUCUAAAAGCCAUAGGAAUAUUUUUCUUUUAAAUAUGCAGGUUUCGGAGCCCAGCCCAGGCUCAACUGCGCGGAAUAGCUGUGAAGCACCUAUUGAACAAGCUCGGUGUUCUUCCCUAGCUUAAGUGGCUGGCGACAUCCAGGGGGCGGGCCAGAGGACCCGCUGCGGCUCUCUCUCCAGCCAGCCCCGCUCGCUUCCGGAAGACGCUCUGUCCAGCGGCGGGCCGCUCUCACCGGCUCCCUUCCGCUUCCGGUGUCCUACAGCCAUGGCCGCCGCCGUCGCUGCAGCCGGUGCUGGGGAGCCUUUGUCCCCAGACGAAUUGCUCCCGAAAGCCGAGGCGGAGAAGGCCGAGGAGGAGCUGGAAGAGGACGACGACGACGAGCUAGAUGAGACCCUGUCGGAGAGACUCUGGGGUCUGACGGAGAUGUUUCCGGAGAGGGUCCGGUCUGCCGCCGGAGCCACCUUUGAUCUGUCGCUCUUCGUGGCUCAGAAGAUGUACAGGUUUUCCAGGGCAGCUUUGUGGAUUGGGACCACUUCCUUUAUGAUCCUGGUUCUUCCUGUUGUCUUUGAGACAGAGAAGUUGCAAAUGGAGCAACAGCAGCAACUGCAGCAGCGGCAGAUACUUUUGGGGCCUAACACAGGUCUGUCAGGAGGAAUGCCCGGGGCUCUACCUCCACUUCCUGGAAAGAUCUAGACUGUUACUUCGGUAUUUGUCCUGGUGGGAGAACUUUGAAAUUCAGUUGUGUUUGAACUGCUGGUUGUUUGGACUUUUUAGUCUUUUUUUUUUUUUUUUUAAACUUUGGCACAUCGAUCUAUUUAAACCUGGUGGGAACUUUCUCCGUUUCUCAUGGGGAGACUCCACUUGCACCUGUGCCCUUCAUAAUGCUCUCACUUCCUGUUCUCAAUCUGAUGCUAGAGUACAGCCAUGGGAAGGUUACUCCACGUUAUCCCUUUAGAAAAUUGCUCCUAUUGAAGUUCUCACAGGUCCCUUGUGGGGAAGAAGUAAGCACCCCUGACCAUUAAGGCCUUUUUUUUUUUUUUUUUUUUAAACAAAUGGAGAUGUCUGGGACCUGUAAACAAUGUGAAGCUGACAAAAUCCAUUACAGCUGCCGUUAAAAACAGUCCCCAGGAAUCGCUGUAUGUUGGAGAGAAGUGAGGCUGGCUGUAGCUUUAGCCAGGCGGGGACUGAGAACAGAGCGGGCGCCCAUUUCCUCUGCACAUGUGGCUGUUAGAGACCUGUGUGUUGUGUAAAAAAAGAAGCCAGUGCUCACUUUUUGUAUUUAAAUAUUAAAAGACCUCCAACUGAAAGUGUCA